GUUGUUAGUAGUGAGAGUAGCGUCAUCUCUAUUGGAUACGGUCGUACAGUGCCGCGUGUAGAGUCAAGAACGUGUGUUUGUGUGCGAGAGCUCAUGUGCGCGAACGCAGCGACUCGGGCGCAGAGAAUUUCAUAAUGUGAACGCGACCCGCUUGUUUCGUUUCGAUGCCGUCAGCUAGUUGUUAGAGACCAGUGCGUGUUGUUGUGAAUUGUACUAAUUGGGCAUGGCGGUCUCUACUUACAAUACAGUAGCAUCAUCUGUGUCUAUAAUAGCAUCCGAGUUGUUCGCUGGCCGCAUAAACUAGUGAAGUAUCAGUGCUAUAAACUCAGCACCUGGUGACACACUGCUGUCUAUUGAUACGCGGUGCAUUAUGCACAUUGCGAUAGUGUGCGUGAGGCGAUCACAAAUAGUCAGUGCAAAAGGGGAUCUAUGCGAUGAUCUCCGUUGUAUUAAUACUUUCCUCAGACUAUGGGCCGAAAUAAAGGUAUAAUAAAGUUAUAAAUCACUCAUUGAUUUAGGCAUGGAUCCAAUUUUAGAAAAUGAAUCCGCCACUUCAGAAACGCCCACAAAAUAUGGAAAGAAACAUAAACCAAAAAAGAAGAAAAAUUUGGCUGAUCCACAGAAAGAAAGUCAAACUGUUCUUGGACAGAGAAAGAAAUUUGUUGUAACAACUCUAUCAACAUCCGAUGACAAAGAAGUUCCUUCUAAUGAUGCACCAUCAAGCAAUAUUCAUACAGUACAUUUUGGUACUCGUGGUGUAGAAUCUCAGAGACCUCAUGUAAGGUCUAUAUUUAAAGAACGAGCAGAUACUUCAAGAGCUGCCAGUGCUGAUAGAGAUUCUACAGAUACUAAAGAAUAUGAAACUUUUCAUGGUACGUCAUCUAGUCCACGUAGUUCUAUUUUUGAUAUAUUUCGUAUAAGAAGGAAAAGCGAUGCAAAAAAGCAACAAACCAAAGCACCUAAGUCUGUAGAAGCACCAGAAUCUACAAAAGAUGAGGAAAAUGUUUCUGAAUCGAAAGAUUCUCAUAAAAAGUAUUACCACACGGUAACUGGUGUGUCAUCUCGUAAAUAUAGUCCAAUUACAAGGGUAAUGGAUAUUUUUAGAAGUAAGCCACAUACAGAAAAUAAUCAAACAUCUGUAGAUCUAGUAAAAAAGAAAAAUAAAUCUGCCUACGGUCGUCGGUCCUCUAUCGAGACAACGUCACCAACCUACCACAAGAACUCAUACGCAUCUUUAGAUCCUACACAAGCAAAACAGUUAUUUAGAGAAGUUAGAGGUCUCCCCAAAUACGAUCCAUACUUAUCUAUAGUUCAGAUUUCUUUAGGUGGAAGAGACAAAACCAGGUUGUUAUUAAAUUUUUUCAGAUAUCAUAAGUGUUAUGAAAUUUUGCCCAAGUCUGCAAAAGUAAUAAUAUUUGAUACACAAUUUUUGGUAAGAAAAACUUUCCCUACCUUAAUUUCUCAUGGCAUAAGAUCGGCUCCCCUUUGGGAUGCAAAUAAAAAAUUACUGGUUGGCAUGAUAACUGUAACUGAUUUUAUUAGGAUUCUCCUCCAUCUCGAAGCUGAAAAUAUUUCAGUUGAAGAUUUAGAGAGACAUACUUUACAUAAUUGGAGAAAAAUAUUGCGAUCUAUAAGAAAACCACUAUGUUAUGUUGGUCCUGAUCAGUCACUACAUGAAGCAAUCAACUUGUUACAUAGAAAUCGUAUUCAUCGGCUUUUGAUGAUAGAUCCAUAUACAGGAGACGUACUAUAUAUAUUAUCACAUAAAAGAAUAUUACGAUUUCUAUUCGUCUAUCUAAAUGAAUUUCCGGAAUUAACUUUCUUCCAUAAAACGUUGGUUGAGUUGAAAAUUGGAACUUAUGACGAUAUAAUAUCUGUAACAGAUAGUACAACAAUCAAAUCAGCUUUUCAGCUUAUGCUGGAAAAAGAUAUUUCGGCCCUGCCGGUUUUGAACGAAAAUGGUAUUCUUAUUGAAGUAUAUGCGAAAUAUGAAGUAUUAAAUUUAGUAAGUGAAAAACUCUAUUCAAAUUUAUCAUUGACAAUAGGGGAUGUAAGAAACAAAAAGAAAGACUGGGAAGAAAAAUUACAAAAAUGUCGUUCGAGCGUUACGUUAUAUGAGGCCUUAGAAGUUAUAGUUAGAACUGAGAGUCAUCGAUUAUUAUUAGUAAAUAAGGAAGAUAAACUUAUAGGAAUUGUUUCAUUGUCAGAUAUUCUAGUGUAUUUGAAUAGAAUAAUACCUACUGAGAAAAAGGUAUCUUCUCUUCAAGAAAUAUUUAGACCUCUUGAGGAAAAUAAAGUACCGGAAUCUCCAAGGGAGACUGAAAAUGAAAUAAUAACAAUAGAGGUUCCAGUGUUAAAUGCUUCGAAACCCGAAACAACAGACGGAGACGAGAAGAUACCUGAUUUAAAUAAUGAAAAUAAAGAGAGUGGUCUUGAGGUCGAGAUAAAUGAAGAUGUUAAAUCGAAUCAAGAUGAUACGGUAGCAGUAGUGGACGUUACUCAUAAUGGUAAUGAUAAUACUACAAAUGAUGAUCCCAGCAUAGAGUUAUCCAAAGAUGCUGAACUCAAAAAUGUUAUUGAUGAUGAGAAUAAGUAGAUCAAUUUUUGAAUCCAAAGAAAUUGUGAUAGGUGAAAUCGCCGAGUUGUUUAAUCUCAAAGUAAUUAUGCUUUCGCUUGUAUAUUGAUAUUGUAAUUUAAAUUAAUCAUUAAUAGUUGCGUCAAAUACCACAUGAUUGCCUUAUUCAUUAUUUGAUUAAUUCAUUGAAAACAUUGCUGAAACUCAAUAAAAUAUUUUAGCAG